CUGACAACACGACUAAAAACGUCAAAUAACUCAAAAAUGGCUGACGGAGGUCCUAGUAAAAGUGAUAUUGAAGCCGUUUUUCAAAGAUUACGUUCAAUUCCUGCCAAUAAAGUAUGUUUCGACUGCAACGCAAAGAACCCUACGUGGUCGUCGGUGACGUUCGGAGUGUUCAUCUGCUUGGACUGCUCCGCGGUGCACCGCAGCCUGGGAGUGCACCUCACCUUCGUGCGCUCCACACAACUUGACACCAACUGGACAUGGAAGCAGCUGAGAAACAUGCAGCUGGGCGGGAACGUCAAUGCGACGCAGUUUUUCCGCACUCAUGGGCUGGUGACGGACGACGCCCGUCAGAAGUACAGUUCACGAGUUGCACAAAUGUACAAAGAUAAAUUAAGUGCGCAGUCGGAACAGGCAAUGAAAACAUAUGGCACUAAAUUGCACAUAGAUGCAGCAGCGCCAGAAGUGAAGGAGAGCAAAGAAAGCAAGGAGGUAGAUUGGUUUGCGGAGCAUGGUGAUACCCCCACUAACUCUGACAGCCAGAUAAAUCCAGUAGUAGCUCCAGUAAACAACAGUCUUGGUGAAGAUGCUCGACUGUGGGGUAUGAGCGAGCCCAACUCAAACUCUGCUGCAAACAAUAAACCUGCCGCUAGACAACCUGCCAGAAGGACAACGCUUGGAGCUCGCAAAGGUGGGCUUGGUGCACAGAAAGUGACUGCAAACUUUGAUGACAUUGAGAGAGAAGCUAUCAUGGCUGAGAAACUGAAAAUGGAGUCAGCGAGCACAGCUCGUUCAGUGACAGCGGAGGAGGUGGUGGAGUGCGUGGCGUCGCUGCGGCUGCAGGACCGCUCGCACCCACGCAGGGACGACGAGCGGCUCGGCAUGGCCGCCGCCAGCCAGCACAGGGGCGGCGUGUCGCACAGCGCGACGCACGCGAUGCAGAGCAUCGAGCAGGAGGACGGGCCGCCCGCACCGCAGCACGACAUCGACGACUUCGCCGCAGCCUUCACAUGCAUACGAAACGAGCCAUUCCUUAACCGUUCCCUCGACCUGGGCACGCCGAGCAGCCCGGCCAACGACGGCUGGGAGACCAUCGAACCGGAACCAGCAAGACCAGUUCGCUCCAUGUUCAGCGCUGAACCUUCCAGCGUAAAGGACUCCAAGGACCCGAAAGACUAUAGAGAUAAUCGAAGCUCCAGGGACUAUGGCAGCCCUGCUAGCCACGCACGCAGGAACAGAAGACAAGCUGAUGAUGAUGAUUCCGCAGUCAAGAAGUUUGGUUCGGCUAAAUCGAUCAGCUCGGCGCAGUUCUUUGGAGAUCAGGACAGCAUGGCGGGCGGCGAGUCGGCGAUGUCCCGCUUCGAGGGCAGCUCGAGCAUCUCGUCCGCGGAGAUGUUCGGCGGCAACACGCGCCCGCAGCGCCAGCCCGGCUUCACCGUGUCCGCGCCCGACCUGGACGAGGUCCGUGAAUCAGUCCGUCUCGGUGUGACGCGUGUGGCCGGGCGCUUAUCUUCGCUCGCCAACGGCGUAGUUUCCUCCAUUCAAGAGAAAUACGGUUACUGAUCCUCGCUGCCCCCGGGGCCGCCGGAGCCCCACGCGGGGACGGGGCCUCUAGAGCCCCACACGGACACGGGGCCCCAGAAGCCCCACACGGACUACGUUACACUAACGCACUAGUUUACACGUUUUUGUCUAAGGCUGAUUUUGUAAAUUUUCAAAACUUUGUUGAGUGAUUAAAAGUUAAAAUUAAAAAUGAAAGUGCAUUCUUGUAUGAUUUAUGGAUGACUCAAUGGUGAGAAUUUUUUUAGUGACUCAAUCUUCAAAAUGAAUAAUAUAACAAAGUUAUGACUUAAUAAAUUGUAAACUAGUGUCAUUGAUUUUUUUUAAUUGAUUGUAAUACGGAUUUAGCCAAUGUCCAGUAUUUAUGAAUAGUGUAGAGUUUGACGCUCAGCAAAUAUGACAAAUCAUAAAAUAUUACAGGCUUUAGCUUCUGUUACCCACCCAGCUAGCGAAACUGCUUAUUUUGUCUAUUCCAAUAUUUGUAAUAUGUAUUUGUAAAUAACUCAGGCUUUUAAAACUUUGAUACAAUUUUAAAUAAAUUGAUUUUUCUACAUAUGUCGGUACAUUAGUUAUUAGUUUUUCAUUUAAAAAUUAAAAUUAUUUCGGUAUGAUUAACUGUAUAUACCCAUUAUAUACAUUGUUCAUUUAUGUAUUUUUUUCUUAUAGGUAUUUGACUAAUCAAACAAAACCUGGAUUUUUAUCAUUUUUGUUUUGUUCCUAUAAUUGAACUACAUUGAAACAAUAUUCACUAUAUUGAAAGAUAAAAUUACACUUAAAAUUUGACCUUAUGCCAGGUAUACUAAUAAUUUCUUGGUGUUUAUUUUGACCACGAUUAUUUAUAAAAUACUAUAUUAAAUAUCUAUACAAAAUAGAAGUUAUGGAACUGCAAUUAUAAUGAACAAGAAGUAAGGUUACAUAAUUCAUUAAUAAAAUUAUGUACAAUAUUGUAAUAUAUGGUAUUUAAUAUUGUAGGGUUUGUACCUUAGGUUUGUACAGUCACAGCUAGCGGGCACGUAAUGGUAAACAUAGAGUAUAGUUGGCCAGAUAUAUUCAAUAGAGAUAUCCUAUUUAUUCAUUAUCGUAUAGUACAUUAGGGGCUCGAGUAUUUUAAAUGAUUUCUAGGUUUUGGAUAAAAAAGUGUUCUUCAUAGGAAGGAAAAUUGUCCAUGGUAGAUGUUGAAUGAAGAAUUGCUUCUGUGAAUUGUGAUGGUUAUGGUACUUCACUUUAUUUUCCAAUUUACAGGUAACAUUAUACAUGUAAUAUUAAUUUGUUAAAUGUAUAAAUAUACACUGCUUUGGGUUUCGCACCUAAAACAUGAAACGGUUUUCAAAUAAAAAUGCUAAUCAAUAUUAUAAACUAUAUUAGCACUUAGUAAUUAAUUGGAAGCGAUCCUUUUAAAAUAAAUUUGCUAGUUAGACAAAUUGUAAGAUGAGGCAUUAGGCAUGAGAUUGAUCUAAUAACUGGUGAUGUAGCACAAGGCUAAGACAAGGCUAGAAUUAAGGCGUUUGUUUCCAACGGCUUGACAAUAAGCAUAAUAUUGUAUGUAAUUACUUGGAUAAUGCUGUAUCCAUUUAGAAUAAUUCCAAAUAUACGAUGUAUGGGACGAUGGGUAGUUACGAGAUGAAUGGUGUCUUUGUAUUUGGUAUUGCGUAUUUAAAAUGUUCAUAAGAUUUUUAUAGCAAGGAAAAUUCUUGUAUGGCCAUAUUUUUAUCUGUAAUACCCACAUGUCAUCUUUUUUUUGUGGUCAACUCUAGCAUUUAGAUAUUUUGAAUAUUUUUAGCCAUUAUUUUGAUUUAAUGUUAUUUUUACGAUUUCAUAAAACAUUGUUUAUUUUUGUUUGUUACAAUCAUUACCUUUAUAGGUUAUUUAGUAAGUUUAUUAUUGGGUGUAACAUCGCUACACUUAAUGCUUUCUUCCAUUAUCAUAAACGUGUAUGUAAAACAUUGUGAAUACUUUGGCAUUUCUGUAACACGGUUAUGUAUUGUGUAUAGAUUUAAUAAAUAAUUUUAUUAUAAAAUAAAACAUUAUAUUUGCA